AGGAUAUUCUUGGAUUUCGUUUUGGGUUUAAAUCCAGUAGUUUGUCAGUCCAAUGGAUAAAUGAUCGAACCGCAGUGGGCAUAGUUCAAGAGAAUUCCUCCAAAUGUGCUGACGAAUUGAAAGGGGAUGGCUAAUAGAUAUGGCGUGAAACUGCAGUUGCCAAACUUGGUGGGUGUGAGCACUUGUCUCCAGACUGCAAUUGCUCAUUUUUCUCUGUUGGCGAGUAGAGCUGGUGGACGCAAAGUACACCGUAGAGUGGUGCUGGGAACUGGACUCGCCGUUCUGCCUCAGUUCCUGAACAUGUCGGCGAGCAAUCUUGGUGCGAAAUCUUUCAUGGCUUCCGCGAGGCUAAAGAGUGAUGUUGACAAAGUAUUGGAGAAUGUGAAAUGGCCAGAUCAAUUUCCCUUCAAAGCAGAGGAUUUCCAGCGAUUUGAUGAGUCACCAGAUACAGUAUUCUAUGAUUCACCACGUUUCGUGACUCAUAUAGACGAUCCAGCCAUUGCUGCGCUUACCAAAUAUUACUCUGAGGUUUUCCCCCCAAGCAACACCCCUGGAGUUGCCUUACUCGACAUGUGCAGCAGCUGGGUCAGUCAUUAUCCUAAAGGUUAUAGACAGUCCAAGAUAGUGGGAAUGGGCUUGAAUGAAGAAGAGCUAAAGCGGAAUCCUGUUUUGACUGAGUACGUUGUGCAAGACUUAAAUGUUGAUCCUAAGCUCCCAUUUGAAGAUAACACCUUCGACGUAAUUACAAAUGUUGUUAGUGUCGACUACCUAACAAAGCCAAUUGAUAUUUUCAAAGAGAUGUCUCGGAUUCUUAAACCAGGGGGACUUGCUAUCAUGAGCUUCUCCAACCGCUGCUUCUGGACAAAGGCAAUCUCAAUAUGGACAUCAACUGGAGAUGCUGAUCAUAUUAUGAUAGUUGGAUCAUAUUUUCAUUAUGCUGGAGGGUUCGAGUCUCCCAAGGCAGUGGAUAUUUCACCGAACCCUGGCCGCACAGAUCCCUUGUAUGUUGUAUACUCAAGAAAGUUAUCUGCAUGAGACAUUACUGAAACCCCUUACAGCUUCUGGUGAGAUAUAUCUUAUUUGUAGAGAUGAGUUGUAAAUUGGCCUUAUAUUGAAACUUCUACAUGUAUUCAUGAGUCUGAGUUACAAGGAGCCAACAGUGAAAUUUAUUUGUCAAAUUAGGUCUAAAUCAGCUGGAACUCAAAUCCCUUGGAAUCUAAUGAGUGUUUAUAUACACUCAAAACAAGCAUCAACUGAAUUAGCCAUAGCUAUGUAGACAUAUACAACAUUGUCUUUGGACAUUGAAUAAGCAUAUUCCAAUUCAUUGCAAGUGCAAGAAA